AUGAUCGGUCUCGCCUUGGCUGGGGGACACUACGGUGGCAACGGAGGCUACAGUGCCGGCCACUCUGGCUACGGAGGAGGUUACGGCAAGGGUCAAAGCGGACAGUACGGUAGCGACUACGGAGGCGGCCAUGGCGGAUAUGGCGGAGGUUAUGCCAUGCCGCAAGGCGGACACUACGGCGGCGGCUACGGCAAGGGUCACGGUGGAUACCAGCCCAGUUACGGAUACGGUGGUCAGGGUGGUGAGAAGAACUACGGCGGUGGUGGCUACGGCGGCGGUCAUCACGGAGGAUAUGGUCAUGGUCACUACUGA